AUGGCGUCGGUUGUGCGUGCCACCGCUCUCAGGGCCGGCGGCGCCUGUGUGCGCUGCCGAAAGGGCAAGACAAAGUGCGUCUACGAGAACGGUCGCGCGCCUUGCAAGAAUUGCGCCAAGGGAAUGCAUGAUUGCUACCUACCCUCCGAGUCGAUGAGCCACGGCGGCCAUGGCGUGUCGCCUGCUCGGGUUCCUCAGCGGUCAAGGGAGUCUCUACCCAACGAUGCGCGCAGUGUUGGCCCGUCGGCCGAUCGAAAUGUCGGUGGGCAGGGCGGAUCGAGUGCAUCACGUCACACAGGCACGACAAGCGAGAAGUAUGUGCUGACGCCGGAGUUGUUGGCCGAAUGCGAGCGCGUCGUCAGCAAGACGAUCCCGGCUUGUGUCGCCUUUCACAAGCCAUCAUUCAUUCAGCAGCUCAAAGGUAAUACUAUGGACCUCACCAUGGUCAAUGCACUGCUGACUAUGGCAUCCCGGCACUCUCCCGUCCUCAUCCGGAGGUACGGCUCGCAUGGUGGCGCCACAGGUGCCGCUGAGCAUUUCGCACUCAAGUCUAUCAAUGGUAUCAUGCAAGGGCUUGACCAUCCCAGCCUUGCUGACAUUCAAGCAAUCUGUCUGUUGGUAAUCCAUGAAUGGGGCAGCCGCAAUGCCGUUCGUGCUUACAUCUACCUCGGCCAAGCCGCCCGCAUGGCCCAGAUGUACCGCGUCGCCCACGCGCACGAGCAGUCCGAGCCCCAGCAGUUUGUUCAGUCGGAAUCCUUCCGACGCACCAUGUGGUUGAUCUACAUCCUGGAUUGUUUCCUCACUGCAAGCCCCGGCAGGCACCCUGCGCUGUCCCAGCGCGACGUUCGCGACAUGGCCCUCCCGUGCCUGGACAUGAAUUACACGUUUGACAGUCCCGCUUUUGUCCGCACCCUCGACGGCACUCUGCCGAGCCUGGCUCCGCACGGCACCGUACCGGCCGAGGUCGGCGAGUUCGGCCACUUUGUCCUUGCGACCAAGGCCUGGCGGAAUGUAAUCGAACUGAUGACCACAACGUCAUUGUCGACCUUCACGGAGGAUCGCUGCCAGAUCCUCGAGGCCGAGAUCGAAAACAUUCGUGCAUCUCUACCCCCGCACUUCUCGGACAAACCCGGCCAGAUCUCUGUCCACAUCACCAUGGGUAGCGGUUACACCUAUGCUAUGAUUCACUGCCUGCUGCACUGCGCUUCCAUCUUCCUCAACCGCCGUCGCAUUCUGCAAGACGUCAGUGCCGAGGGCUUCUCUGCGGACGCCUGGAGGACUUCAGGCCGUGCGCAGCUUGCGGAUCAAAUCUUUGGUGCUGCACACAGCAUCGUGUCUAUGCUGACCGCGUUGGAGGGUGGGGCUGAGAAGGACUCGAUCUUGUGUUUCCCGAUAUUUAUGCUCUUCGCCGCCUUCACCUCGGGCGCAGCUGUGGCCUACCUUCAGCUUAAGGGCCUGACACCGGCCGAUGUCCGCGAGACGACGUCAACGAUAGUACGGGACGUCUUCCGCUUCCUCAAGGACGGUGCCGACUGCUGGCCGCUGAUUGUACCAUGGCAACGCCACUUGUCCGUCAUGGCCAAGGUCCUGAAGGAGUACACCGCUCGCGUCGAUCGGGAAGAGUCGCCUGACGGCGCCAAGGCUCGUGCGUCACCAUCUAUUAAGGACGAUGUUUCGUCACAGCCCGAUACCAGCACCGCCGACGUCAUGGAUUACGACCAGGCCGACGGCAGCGCAGGACCUCAUGGCUCAGCCCAUGGUGGUCAGCCGCACCCCACGAUUGAGGGCGGACGAGACGGCAGCGAACCGCCCGUCGCCCCCCGCAGACCUGGUAUCGCCACGAUCAAUGGUGGAUCCGCAGGCAACUCAACACCUGCCACGGGCAGCCCUGCACCGAUGCCGGCCCGUGAGAGCGGAAGCAUGAAGAUUGAUAGCCCCGAUCCAAAUGACGCCGCCUCGGGUGGGUCGUCGUCGACGGCCAAGAACGGAAGCAAUGGGCCUCCUGCCCAGCAAGAACCUGCAAUAGACUCGGCCGAUCUGUGUGCAGCGUUCGAACGCCAGCUGCUGGAGUUGGACGACCUGGCAGCGUUCAUGGGUGGCGGGGUGUGA